GCGGAGACUGCAAGUUGCUGCACACGAGUGGAGUGGAGUGGAGUGUGCAGGAAGGAAUUUGCAGAUGCUGGUUUAAACUGAAGACAGACACAAAAAUGCUGGAGUAACUCAGCGGGACCAGCAGCAUCUCUGGAGAGAAGGAAUAGGUGACUCUUCGGGUCGAGACCCUUCUUCAGACAGGAGUGGAGUGGACUGGACUGGAUUGACGUGGGCAGGAGGGAGCUGGCGGGCAUUUAGAAUGACUUCUGUGUGGAGCGCUCGCCUGCGCUUCAGCCGCCUCGUCCUGUUGAACUUUCUCCUGCACACUGGCCGCGGCGCCGCCAACGAAGUCGUUUUGUUGGAUUCUAAAGGGUCACAAGCCGAGCUGCGAUGGACUGCUCACCCAUCAGAUGGAUGGGAAGAGAUCAGCGGAGUGGAUGAAAACUAUAAACCAAUUCGCACCUACCAGGUCUGCAAUGUCAUGUCUUCCAACCAAAACAACUGGCUUCAGACGGGCUGGAUUACGCGGCGGAACGGGCAGCGAAUCUUCAUUGAGCUGAAGUUCACGUUGAGAGACUGCAACAGCAUCCCAGGGGUGGUUGGAACCUGCAAAGAGACGUUCAACCUCUACUACAUUGAGUCGGACAGCGACGUGGGCAGAGACAUUCUGGAGAGCAGGUACGUGAAGAUCGACACCAUCGCCGCGGAUGAGAGCUUCACGCAAGGGGACCUCGGCGAGCGCAAGAUGAAACUCAACACGGAAGUUCGAGAGAUUGAGCAUCUUGUCAAGAAGGGGUUCCACCUCGGCUUCCAGGACGUCGGGGCGUGCGUGGCGCUCGUUUCGGUGAGGGUUUACUACAAAACCUGCCUCUCCACGGUGCAGAGUUUGGCCGUCUUCCCCGACACGGUGGCAGAAGCUGCGUUCUCCACCCUGGUGGAGGUGCGGGGAUCGUGCAUCAAUGACUCCGAAGCAGAGAUGGAUAACCCUCCUCGGAUGCACUGCAGUGCGGAAGGCGACUGGCUGGUGCCGAUUGGGAAAUGUGCUUGCAGUGCUGGGUAUCAGGAGAGAGCUGGCAGGUGUGAAGCUUGUACACCGGGAACCUACAAGUCGUCGGCUCAAGAAAGCGAAUGCUCCUGGUGCCCAGAGCACAGUUACACUGAGGAAGCAGCAUCCAUCCAGUGUUACUGUAAGGCUGAUCACUACAAACUUCUCUCGGACCCUGCACCCGCUCCCUGCACCAAGCCUCCGUCUGCUCCCCGGGCACUGGGUUACAGCACCAGGCAGUCGGCGCUGCACCUCGCCUGGAACCCGCCACAGGACAGCGGGGGUCGUGCCGACAUCACCUACAACAUCCAGUGCAGCGUGUGCGCCGCUCCGCUCCAGGCGUGCCGGCCCUGCGACGGUCACGUCGGCUUCCUCCCCCAACGGCUGGGGCUGGCGGAGACCUCGGUCACCGUGGUCAACCUCGCCCCCUACGUCAACUACACCUUCAGGGUGGAAGCUGUGAACGGAGUGUCCGGUCUGAGCCACUCCCCCCGCAGAUACGUGGAGAUCACCCUGAUCAUUAGCCAAGGAGGCAACAUGCAAGUGGCUGAUAUCAGGGCUGAGCACAUAGAACAGAAGAGUAUCACCUUGGCGUGGCAAGAACCGGACUUCUCCACUGACAACGGCACACAAUACGAGAUCAAGUUUUAUGAAAAGGAGCAGAGUGAUCAGAGCUACUCAACGGUGAAGACUUCAUCCACGACUCUGACCAUCAAUAACCUGAAGCCUGGAACACUCUACAUAUUCCAAGUGCGAGUCUUCUCUUCAUCCACGGACUAUGGGAACUACAGCCCCAGUAUUGAGGUGCAGACUUUAGGGGAGCUUGCCAUGGUUUCCCGUGAACAAAACCCAGUGAUUGUCAUCGCCGUGGUUUCAGUAGCGGGUCUGAUCGUCCUGGUGUCAAUGGUCUUCGGAUUCAUCAUUUGGCGAAGGCAUUGUGGAUACAGCAAGGCCAGUCAGGACGGAGACGAGGAACUUUAUUUCCACUUUAAGAUCCCAAGUCGAAGAACCUACAUUGAUCCAGACACCUGUGAUGAUCCUGUACAAGCAGUGCACCUAUUUGCCAAAGAACUGGACCUUUCCUGCAUCAAGAUUGAGAGAGUCAUCGGAGGAGGAGAGUUUGGGGAGGUUUGCAGAGGAUGCCUGAAGCUGCCCAGUAAGAGGGAUCUCCCUGUGGCCAUCAAAACUCUGAAGGUUGGCUGCUCAGAGAAACAGAAGCGCACCUUCCUGUCAGAAGCAAAUAUAAUGGGGCAGUUUGACCACUCAAACGUCAUCCGUCUCGAAGGAGUCAUUACAAGAGGUAAACCCAUGAUGAUUGUAAUUGAAUACAUGGGUAACGCAGUAUUGGACUCCUUCCUGAGGAAGAACGAAGGCCAGUUCACAGUUCUGCAGCUGAUUGGGAUGCUGUGUGGAAUAGCGUCUGGGAUGAAGUACCUCUCUGAGAUGGGCUACAUUCACAAGAUGCUGGCAGCCCACAAAAUCCUGGUCAACAACAACUUGGUGUGCAAAGUGUCAGGCUUCAGACAGGCACACGAAGUGAAGGUGGACUCGGUGUUCACCACCAUGGGCAGGAAGACCUUGGUCCUGUGGGGAGCCCCGGAAGCUAUCCAAUACCACAGAUACAGUCUGGCCAGUGACGUCUGGAGCUUUGGGAUCGUCAUGUGGGAGGUGAUGUCCUACGGAGAACGACCUUACUGGGACAUGUCCAACCAGGAUGUGAUCAAAGCAGUGGAGGAAGGAUUCCGUCUCUCUGCACCCAUGAACUGUCCGUCGCGACUCCACCAGCUCAUGCUGGAGUGCUGGCAGAAGGACCGUAACGAGAGGCCUAAAUUUGCACAGAUCCUCAGCACCCUCAACAAGAUGGGACGCAGCCCGGACACCCUGAAAUCCACCCCCAAUGGCUGCAUCAGACCUCAAAACAUGAACAUUCCUCUCAUGGACCAAACGUUCCCAGCAUUCCCAUGCUUUGACUCGGUGGGCGAGUGGCUGGAGGCCAUUGAGAUGAGCCGGUACAAGGACAACUUCACUGCCGCUGGAUACUGUUACCUGGAGUCGGUCGCAAGGAUGACAGUGCAAGAUGUGAUGAGUCUGGGAAUUACGUGCGUGGAGCAUCAGAAACAGAUCCUGAGCAGCAUUCAGACUCUGCGAGCGCAGGUUAUACAGAUGCACGGUCGGGGCGUUCAGGUUUGACAGCGGCAUCCACCUGCAUCUUCCCCUGCGAGCUGUUAUUGGUGACGAGAUGUCGAUACAGACUGCGUGCCCGAAGGCAGCGUGUUUGCAAGAUGAAGCCCGUGUGUGGGAUGGGCGGCAGAGAG